CACAGCAUCAGCAGAGACACAGAGAACAUUCAAGGAUCCUACUCCAAACAUGAGUUCCAAGCAGAGACGAAGAAACUGCUGGAUAUUGUGGCCAGAUCACUGUAUUCUGAGAAAGAGGUGUUCAUCCGAGAGCUCAUCUCAAACAGCAGCGAUGCGCUGGAGAAACUGCGGCACAAGAUGAUCACAGCAGGAGGAGAUACAGCACCAAUGGAGAUCCACCUGCAGACAGAUGCUGCCAAAGGCACCUUCACCAUCCAGGCUUUUCUGGAUGCUCUUCAGAAUCAAGCGGAGGCCAGCAGCUCCAUCAUCGGUCAGUUCGGUGUGGGCUUUUACUCCGCCUUCAUGGUGGCUGAUAAAGUGGACGUUUAUUCUCAGUCAGCAGAACCAGGCUCUCCUGGAUACAAGUGGUCCUCAGAUGGGUGAGAAAAAUC